AUGAACAGUGACAUUGAGAAUACAUGUCAAGAAAUGCAGAACAGUCAACCCAAAGAGCCACUUAUCCAGACAGAGGUACCGCCAGGUCCAUGGCAUACCAUCGGCACGGACUUAUUUUACCUAGACGGAGCGAAAUACCUAUUGGUCGCUGACUACUACUCAAAAUACCAGUUCGUGCGAGAGGUACCAAAAGGGAAGAGCAGCAGUAGGACAAUCGCGAAUUUAACGAAAGAAAUUUUCAGCGAACAAGGAGUACCCAAAAUCGUAAGAUUCGAUAAUGGGCCCCAUUUUGAAGGACAAGCAUAUAAAGAGUUCGCAAAGCAAUAUAAUUUCCAACAUACCACAAGCUCACCACACUACCCCAGAAGCAAUGGGUUUAUUGAGAGCCAAGUCAAGACUACGAAAAAGACAAUGAAAAAAGCAAGAGCAACCAAUACAGACCCACUCAUGGCUUUGUUAUGCUUACGGGCAACUCCAAUCAACAGCACUCUUCCAUCCCCAGCUGAACUCUUAUUUGGUAGACCAAUCCAAGACAACCUGCCAAAGAAAAUACCGAAAGGAAAAACAACUGAGGAGGUGACUAGCAGAUUAUUACAGCGGCAAGCUACGCAGAAAUACUACCAUGACAGAAAUACAAAACCGCUCCAACCAUUAAAACCUGGUCAAAGCAUAACCAUCCAAGACCCAAGGACACAAACCUGGAAACCCGCAGAGAUAAAAGAGAAAAUUCAAGAAGUACCCCGAUCUUACAUUAUCACGAAACCAGGAGGAGGAGAAAUCAGACGAAAUCGAACACAGAUACGAGAACGCCCACAAGAUCCAAUGGAACAAGCAUAUCAACAACCCUGUGAGAAAACACUAGACCACCCCGAAAUCCCGUUCCCUAAUUAA